AUUAUGCCUUCCCGGGCCGAGGAUAUAUUAAAAGGCUUUCAAGUGUAUCCUUUUCUAAAUAAUCAAAUUGUUUUUCUUGACUGUCAUUUAUUAUAGAAAUUGGAUGAUUGUAAGGGAUGCUGAUAAGGGUAAAAUAUUAUGGCAAGCUAACGAAGAUUUAUUCGUACCUGACGUUGAACAUGAAGUAAGAGUACCGAAAAAGAUUUUAAAAUGUCGAGCUGUGUCGCGGGAAAUUAAUUUUAGCUCUGCAGAACCAAUGGAAAGGUUUAGGUUAGAGCAAAAAGUGUUAUUCAAAGGACGUUGUUUAGAAGAAUGGUUCUUUGAAUUUGGUUUCGUUAUACGUAACAGUACCAAUAGUUGGCAAAGUUUAAUCGAAGCUGCACCAGAAAGUCAAAUGAUGCCUGCCAAUGUUUUAAAUGGCAACGUUGUGAUAGAAACGAAAUUUUUCGACGACGACCUGUUAGUCUCUACCAGCAGAGUCCGUCUUUUUUAUGUCUAAAAAGUUUCAUUCCAACUUCACAACGAUACAGGAUGGAAUACCAAAAAUGAUAAUAAUAAUAAUCAUAUCAAACAAUUUACUUUAUGCACUCUCUGUGAUAUGCACUGUGCUGAAUGCGUUUUUCCACACAUUCUCGUAAAUGAAACAAAUAUCAUUAGUUUAAUUUUGUAUAAGCCUAAUAGAAUUAUUGUGGAAAUGCUUACACCAUGAAACGUGUAUUUUUUAAGCACAUUGCAUUUUUAUUUAUUGAAUAGAUCUAGUAGAUUUUGUAUGUAUAUAUAUACACAUAUAUAUUGUGAUACACUACAUUUGUUUAAUAAAGAAAUGUAUGAAAAUUGUAUGUAUCGAA